CGUUUUGCGCCAACGGGCACACUGCUUCUUGUAUGUGUAUAUAAAUACAAGAAGAUUAGUGCAAAAUUGUUGUUGUUAGUUAUAGUUUUUUGGCCGCCGUGUGCUAGCAAAUGCAUUUUAUGCCCCGGCCCGCGCACUUUGGCACUACAUGUUAACGGAUUUCAGGCCGGCGUGGAACGAAUUGGGCUGGAAAGCGGUGCGUAACGGCGGUCGUCAGGAGACUUGGCAACGAGCUGAUGACAAUAUUGGCUAAGGUUUAAUGGAUGACACAUCAGCACCAUGGGAAAGUUACUAUCAAAAAUUUUCGGCAACAAGGAAAUGCGAAUUCUCAUGCUCGGACUGGACGCGGCUGGAAAAACAACGAUUCUGUACAAACUGAAACUCGGCCAAUCUGUUACAACGAUACCCACUGUGGGCUUUAAUGUGGAAACCGUCACUUAUAAGAAUGUCAAGUUUAAUGUGUGGGACGUCGGUGGGCAGGAUAAGAUUCGACCGCUAUGGCGACACUAUUACACGGGUACACAGGGUCUGAUCUUCGUCGUGGACUGUGCGGAUCGGGAUCGGAUAGACGAGGCGCGCACGGAGCUGCAUAGGAUAAUUAACGAUAGGGAGAUGCGCGACGCCAUCAUACUGAUAUUUGCUAACAAGCAGGAUCUGCCUGAUGCAAUGAAACCCCAUGAAAUCCAGGAAAAACUAGGUUUAACUAGAAUAAGAGAUCGCAAUUGGUAUGUACAACCAUCAUGUGCCACAUCCGGCGAUGGCCUGUCCGAGGGCCUCAUUUGGCUAACGUCGAACCAUAAGUUAUGAGAAUCGUAAUCGAGCAUUUUCUUAUAUGUAUGUAUAUGGCAUGUAUUAUUCAAAGCGAAGCAAAAGCGAAAAAUAUUCUAUUUUAUUUAUACAAAGGAAAACCAACCGCAAGCGCAUAGUAAAAGCCCAAUUCGUAAAAACGAACGUACAUAAAUUACAAAUGUUAAAAAUGGUAUAUAGAAGUCAGAUAUAUAUAGUAAUUAUAUAUACUCUCAAUUAACCAACCAAUAUUCUCACUAGUAAAAAUACACAUACCUACAAAAUAAAAGAAGCAUCAACGUAAGCAGCCGGUAAAUAUCCGUAAAGUAAAUUAUGCGUGAAGCACAGAGACAUAAAGCAAAACAUCAACGGAGAUUAGCCUUAAGUAAGUUUUUCUUGUAAAUUAUAUUGAUGAGACACGUAAGCAAUAAGUUGAAAGCUUGUUUAUUGCAACUGUUACUAUAUUUGACUUGAGCAAGGGUGUAACGAGUCUUAAAUAAAUUGUAAAUAAAUAUUCAAAUUAAAGCCCAUAUACAACAACAAACGAAAUAAAAGAAAACACCGAACAAACAAUUGAACAAACCUAUAGAUUGCUAUUUAGAUUAAAACUGAGUCUUCAAAAUAUAAUGAAAUAGUAACUGUGCCUUCCUCAA